UUGUUUGAGCUUCAACAUUAGCAGCCGCUUACUUCUAACCAACAUUGCUUACACCAGGCUCCUGCGUGCCACCUGUUCGAUCUUGACACACCUGCAAUUCAGGGCUUUCGCAAGCUUUGGCAACGAAUCACAGCUGCCAAUUGCAUGAGCAAUCGAUGCAUUUAAAUCUGUAACCGGUAUAGCGGUGUAAGGGGCCCUCUAGGGGUCAGUCCAACAACGAAGCGAAACAUGAGCGAAAACGCGCGGAGCAAACCGCGCGGGGAGCUGGCGGAGCUCAGCGCACAGCUCCAAAACCUGUGUACAGCGGGCAAGCGGUCGGACAAGGAGCUGCGUGCAGCCAAGAAGGAUGUCUUCAAGAAGGUCAUCAACUAUAUGACGCUGGGAAUGGACAUGUCGGCGCUAUUCCCUAUGAUGACGUCGUGUGCAAACCUCAGCUCGGACGACCUGGUGCUGAAGAAGAUGCUGUACCUCUACUUGACACACUACGCCACCCAGACCCCCGACCUCGCCCUCCUCACUAUCAACCAGCUCCAGAAGGACAGCGCAGACCACGACCCCAUGAUUCGGGGUCUGGCGCUGCGUAGCUUGUGCAGCAUGCGUGUGACGAACUUCUUGGAGUACGUGGUGGCGCCAAUCACGACGGGUCUGUCGGACCGGCACCCCUACGUGCGCCGCACUGCGGUCAUGGGUGUGCUUAAGGUGUACCACAUCGACCCCAACACGGUGGCGCAGCAGGGCAUGGUGGAGCGUGUCAAGCGGUUGCUGGGUACGGACACGGACGUGCAGGUCAUCGCCAACUGCCUAUCGGUGCUCAUGCAGCUGGAGCCUCCGGCCCGGCUGGCGGAGAAGGUGCUGGUGUACUCACUGCUGAACCGCAUCAAGGAGUUCAGCGACUGGGGCCAGUGCCAGGUGCUGGAGCUGGCCUCCUACUACACGCCCAGCUCGGAGGCGGAGGUGUACGACCUGCUCAACGCGCUGGAGGACCGCAUGGGCCACGUCAACAGUGCGGUGGUGCUGGCCACCAUCCGCGUCUUCCUGCGCCUCACCAUCAACAUGACGGCCACACACCAGCAGGUGCUGGAGCGCAUCCGCGAGCCGCUCAAGACGCUGAUCAGCCGGGAGGACGCGCCCACCGUGUACGCAGCGCUGUGCCACGUGCUGCUGCUAGCGCAGCGCGCGCCCAUGAUCUUCGAGGGCGACUGCAUCGCGUUCUUCUGCCGCACCCACGACCCCUGGUUCGUGAAGAAGGUGAAGCUGGAGAUCCUGACCGCCAUCGCCUCCUCCAACAACGUGUACGACAUCGUCACGGAGCUCACCGAGUACGCCCGGGACAUAUCGCCCACCAUGGCGCGGGAGGCCGUGCGCGCGGUGGGCCGCAUCGCGCUGGCGGUGCCGGACUCGGGCGGCAUCAUCGAGCGCCUGCUCAUGUUCCUGGACGGUGGCUCGGAGCACCUGAUUGCGGAGGCGCUGGUGGCGCUGAAGGACGUGCUGCGGCGCUAUCCGGACGUGGCGGCGGUGUGUGUGGGCGGACUGGGCGAGCUGGGCGUGCACGGAGCCAUCGAGGAGCCGGCGGCGCGGGCCGCCUACGUGUGGAUCCUGGGGCAGUUCGGCACGCUGGUGCCGGACGCGCCCUACCUGCUGGAGGCCUUUGCCGACACCUUCGCCGCCGAGGAGCCGCCGGUGCGCCUGGCGCUGCUGUCCGCCGCCGCCGGGCUGUUCUUCCGCCGCCCGCCCGAGGCCAAGCCGCUGCUGGGCGCCGUGCUGGCGGCGGGCGCGGCGGACGCGGACGUGGAGGUGCGCGACCGGGCGCUGCUGUACUACAGGCUGCUGCGUGCCGACGCGGCCGCCGCAGAGCGCGUCAUCGCGCCGCCGCUGAUGACCGUGCCCUGGUUCAGCGAGACUCUCAGCGGCGAGGCCAAGGACGCCAUCUUCGCCGACUUCAACUCGCUGUCGGUGGUGUUCCAAAAGCCGGCCGCCGCCUUCAUUGAGCGGCAGGCCUACCACUCACUGGAGGCGGAGCCGGAGCCGCCCGUGGUCGCGCCCGCCACAGACCUGCUGGCUAUGGAGGCUCCGGAGCUGCUGGGAGCGGACCGCGCCACCAACCUGCUGGCGGACACGGAUGGAACCGACCUCAUGGGAGGAGGGCCCACAGGCGACGGCUCGGGCUCAGGGCCCGGAGGCGGCGGCGGGCCGGCAGACCUGUUGGACCUGGACAUCAGCGGGCUGGGGCUGGGCGGCGGCCCGUCGGGGCCGUCGGGCUCAGCAGCAGCGGGGCUGGGUGGGCUGGGAGGAGGAGGAGGAGGAGGAGGAGGAGGAGGCAUGGGUGGCGGCAUGGGUGGCUAUGGAGGGCCAGGAGGCCCGGGCGGGAUGAUGGGGCCGCAGGGCGGGUAUGGCAUGGGGCCGGGGCCGGGGCAGGCGGGUGGGCAGGCCGGCGGCUUCGCGCCGCCAACGCCGACCCUGGCGCCGACGCAUGGGGGUUCGCCGUUGGACCUGCUGGGCGGCUUCGGGCCUGGGACCAUGGGGCCGCAGCCGCCACAGCAGCACCAGCAGCAGCGGCCGCCGCCGCCGCACCAGCAGCAGCAGCAGCCAAUGCCGCCUCAGGGCAUGAUGGGCGCGCCGCCAGGGCACAUGCAGCAGCAGCAGCCGGGCAUGAUGAUGGGUGGGGGGCCAGGCGGCAUGGCGCCGCCCCUAGGCCAAGGUCUGGGAGGGCCCGGCGGCAUGCCUGGCAUGCAGUCGCCUCAGCAGCAGCCUCCACAGCCGCGGGGGCCACCGCCCAUGCAGCCGCAAGCGCCGCAGCCCGGGCCGCCGGGGUCCGUGCGCGGCCCCGGUGGUGGUGGUCUGGGUGGGGACCUGCUCGGGUUGGACGGCUUGGGGGGUGCGCCCGCGGCCGCCGCCCCGCAGGAGCUGGUCCUCAACCCCAAGGCGCGCGUGUCGCCCGGCGAGUUCCAGGCGGAGUGGAAGCGGUUGCCGUCCGCGCACAGCUCCAGUCUGUCUGUGAGCUCCGCCAACGUGGCCGCCAUCACCGCCAACAACCACCGCGACUUCACCACCCACAUGACGCAGGCCUACAUCCACACCAUCGCAAGCGGAGGCCAGUCGCCCAACUUCAGGUAUUACUUCUACGGCCAGACGCUGAGCGGCACCCUGUUCCUGGUGGAGAUGCUGCUGCGGGCCGACACCAGCGGAGGAGGCGGAGGCAGCGCGGCCACAACCGUGAAGACCGCCAGCCCCGACCCGGGCCAGCUGGCGGCGUUUGUGGAGCUGUGGAGCAACUGCCUGGCCGGGUUCAUGCUGGCGUGAUAGAUGAUGGAGGAGGGGGUGUCAGCAGGGGGCGGUAGGGACGAGGGUGAGGGCCGGGGCGGUGGAGGUGUUGGCAGGGCGUGGCAGCGGGGCAGCUGUAGUUCUUGUGUCGGGCGGGGUGUUGGUGUUGCUGAUGACCGGUACGUGGCACGGCGUGGCGUGGCGCCAGCGUCCCUCACGCUGCUAUGUCCGGGAGAUGAGGUAGACGCUUGCGGCCUCAGACUAGAGACGUGGCUUUUCCCAUGCGAAGGAAACCACAUAUCGUGUCCUCAUACGUUGGGAAUACAUACGGUAGGCACAGAAAUGUCAGGGCCCCUCCUGCAAGUGAAGACGUGUUUGGUGUGGUGGGUCUAGGACUCCUUUCGGGGGCCGUUGAGGGGGUAUCUGCUGGUUGCAGAAUGGGUUGUGGAGCGCUAGUAUCAGAGCAUUGGUUAUCAGAUGCGAUAAGCGUCAGGCAUGAAGUGUCUUGGGCACGCAUAGCAGCCCCGUGGGAGCAUGUGCAAACCGCUUUUGAUCGGGCCAUGGAUUUGCAGCUGUGCGCUGACCGCAUCUUUCGACCAGCCCGACCAUUUCAGAGCAAACAAUAAGUACGAUUUGCGC